GGGUCUCAGCUUGGUAAAUUGCGUCCCUUUUCAUAGGAAUCAAGAUGAUGACAAAAGAGGUGACAAGGACAUAAUGGAUACGAUUAUAAAAUCUAACUUGAGGACCAAUAUGACGAACCUUUUUGAGGGAGACAUUGAAGUGUCAAGUGAUGAAAGAAUUCUGAGAAAUUCGGAUGAAUCGCACUCCAAACGAAACGCUUUGCGAGAUCGAAGAUGGCUUUGGAAAUCAAAAGUCAUUCCCUAUGAAAUUUCGAUUCGCGAUGUGGAUGGAGGAUUUACCAGGGCAAUCAGAGGUGCCAUCGCUGAAUUUCAUAAGCAUACGUGUCUUCGAUUUGUGCCACACACAUCAAAAGAUCAGCAUUGGAUCAAGUUUGUGAAAAGAUCCUGGUGCUCGUCGAURGUUGGUAUGAGAUUUUUCCAAGAAGGAGGGCAGAAUGUCAAUCUUGGUGAAGAUUGUGGGAAAACGAAGGGUGUAGUCAUGCACGAGCUACUUCAUGCUUUGGGUUUUUUUCACGAGCAGUCCAGGCCUGACAGAGAUAAAUACAUUGAAAUAAUGUGGGAAAAUAUCUUAGCAGGAAAAGAGGGAAGCUUCAAAAAAUUCGACCACUCUGAAAUUAAUAUGCUAAACAAGCCAUACGAUUACCAAAGCAUUAUGCAUUACGGCAGUUAUAGCUUCUCAAAGAACAAUAAGCCAACCAURCGAGGCUAUGGUCCUAACAAAGAUGCCACCCUCGGACAAAGGGAAGGUUUUAGCAAGACGGAUAUCUUCGAGGUUAAUGCUUUGUAUGAUUGCUCAGGACCUUCUCAUGGUUGGAGCUCAUGGAGCGACUUUGGUCCUUGCGAUGAUUCCUGCGGAAAAAAGCGUGACAGGUUCUGUGCUUCAUCUGAUACGSCUGCUUGUCCUGGAGCAAAUUUUUUUGGGGUCCAAGAAGAUCGGCAGAAAUGUCCUAAAGCUGAAUGCAAUGCUCCGAUAAACGGCCACUGGGGAAAAUGGUCGACAUGGAGCAAGUGUAGCGUGACUUGCGGCAAAGGUACUAGAACAAGAAAACGACUUUGUGACGAUCCUUCGCCAAAAAACAAAGGCAAACGAUGUGAAGGACUCGGYAAAGAGAUAGGGAGAUGUSAACUUAAACGAUGUGGUCUAGGAGCCGAUGAUUGUGAAUUUGAAUUUGGUAUGUGCUCAUGGUCUCAAGCUAAUAAGUAUAACACCUACGGAUGGCAUCGCCACAGUGGAAAAACAUAUACUGAAAUGACUGGACCAGACGGCGAUGCAUCURUCAAAAAACAUGGAAAAGGAUACUACGUUUAUGCCGAAGCGUCUCAGGUUAACAGAAGUCAAGUAGCAAAACUUCAAAGCAAUGUCUUCCCCGCAGCUCCCAAAGGUCGCUGUAUCGAGUUUGCCUACAGUAUGUACGGCAGCGGUAUCGGUGCUUUAAAUGUGUAUGCCAUCGACUCAAAAACUGGAAAAAAAUCAAAGAUAUUCUCAAAGUCUGGUGACCAGGGUCCAGGAUGGCACAGAACUAAUGCGAAUUUUGUCAGCAACAAUGAGUACAAGAUUUCCUUUGAAUCCACUCGUGGUGGAAAUUUCUUUUCUGAUAUCGCACUAGACGAUAUAUUGUUUCAAAAUGGCAGAUGUGGAAAAGUUUCAAACCCAAUUACCCCAAAACCAGGUAUUUUAAUCCGAUUCUUCUGA